UCCUGUAUAUGGCAGAGCUUGAAAACAGCCUCUCCAGUUGCCCUACAACCUUAGCGAGAGCUCCAUGCCCCGAUAACGCUCUGCUGGAAGCCGAUCCAAGAGCCUCGCCGCUGAAGCAUGGUGGUUUGGUGACCGGAGAGCCGCCAUACUCCCGGGCAGCAGCUGAGAGAUUACCGCAGCUUUAGACGACCAUUCAAGACAGAAAGUAUCCUUCUGCCACCCUUCGCCAAACGUCAAAGUCAAUGCGGUCCUCGAUCAGCGAGCUGGAGCUGAUCCACCGGCCCCGCCGUCACCUCUCAUUUGCUCGUUAUUAACACACUUGCAUUUGCAGAAGACAAGUGUCGGCGAUUAAACACACCUCCCAGCCCAAGUACAGAGCCCGGAUCCAGACUCUUAGCUUUGGUUACACGGAUACAUUGAGGGGGGACGGCGACUCUUGUUGGAUUUACCGUUUUCAUUCGUUAUGGAGUGGUUAAUAGGGGUGGGUAUUGCUGUCCAUCAUGCUGCAUGAGCGUUGUCUCUUCAUCUUUCAGUCAAGGGCUUGGUAAUCUACAUGGUUUUGGCCUCCUCCAGACCUUCUUAUCGGCUCCACCAGGCAAGAGAGGAACUUAUCCAAAGACCACAGCUGUAAACUUAAGAUCCUUUUACCACCGGGCUGUGUAGUUCUCGGAGAACGUAUUGCUGGCUUGACAGACUGCGUCGAUGUUUGCAACCGUGUUUAUUUUUGACGACGUCUUAAGGAAAGUGGGGUGAGGAAACGCUUGUUGAGUUCGUAAGGAAGGUUCUGAGCGGUGCUCAAAUGGCAGAGACGGAGGAAGAUGCCCGUAAUCUCCUCUGGAACAUCUUUCACAGGAAGGGCAAAGGGAAGCCCAAUGGAAAGAAGCCGACCCCCGAAGAGAAAAAGCAUUACUUGGAUGCCGAGUACACCAAAGUAAGAGUCGUCGAUUUUGACCUCAAGGAGCUGGUGGUGCUACCGAGGGAGAUCGACCUGAACGAAUGGCUCGCCAGCAACACCACGACUUUCUUCAAUCUCAUCAACCUACAGUACAGCACAAUCUCAGAGUUCUGCACGGGGGAUACGUGUCCUGCCAUGACAGCCUACAGCACGACAUACUACUGGAUUGAUGAAAAAGGGAAAAAGACAAAAUGCACAGCACCGCAGUACGUGGACUUUGUCAUGAGUUCAGUUCAGAAGCUUGUGACAGAUGAGGACAUCUUUCCCACUAAAUAUGGUAAAGAAUUUCCUAACACGUUCGACACACUGGUGAAAAAAAUCUGCAAGUAUCUCUUCCACGUGCUGGCCCAUAUCUACUGGUCCCACUACAAGGAAACGGUGGCUAUGGACCUGCACGGACAUCUGAACACACUGUACACACAUUUCAUGGUUUUUAUAAGGGAAUUCAAUCUGAUGGACCCCAAGGAGACAUCCAUAAUGGACGACCUGACAGAGGCCCUCUGCACCCCGCUUCCCCCUCAGCCACAGAACCACGUGACGGAGAGAUGAGACCCACGGUCGCGCUCUCUGCACCUGCCAAGACGGGGUUCACCCUUCCCCUUACCAGGGAGGUGAGAAGGACUACACCAGUCGCAAUGCUGCUGGGACUCAUAGACCUUCCACCCUUCCAGAACAUUGUUCUCUUUAGGACCCAGUAAGGAGUGGUCAGCCAGGCCUGCAGGGGGCAGCAGCACUUGCUGAAUAACCUCAGUGUGUCUGCCCUGUCUGUGAGCCUAACCCUUUAACCAAGAACAACUCGAUUAUUUUUUUCUUUUUGUUUCAUUAAGUUCCUCCCGUUCACAAAUUGACAGAAGGCCGUUUUAUGUUUCGCACCUAUAGGACAAAAAGUAGCCCUUUAUGCGUGUUUGAUGUUAGUAUAACACAAGGAUGCUAGAUCUAUCUUAACAUAGCAGCACUUUUCCCCUCUUGGUUCUUAUAAGGGUGAGAUGUUGGCCUGGUUCUUCAGAGCCUCAUGUAUGGUAUAAAGUUUUUUUUUAUUUUAUAGGGUAAAAGGGGUGUGUGUGUGUGUCUGUGUGUGUGUGUGUGUGCGCGUGUUAACGGCUUUUGCACUCAGGAACUGAGAGAGCUGUCAAUGCUACCUGCUUACCCAUAAGCCUCUCAGUGUCACUUUACUCAUCUUAAAGCAAUCCCAUCAGCCCCUCUUUUGACCAAACGGCUCCUGUAUUAGCCCACGGAUUAAGUCUCACAUGGGAUAAACUUCUGUUGAAUAUUAGCAUGCUAACCACUGUGGAUGAGAUGGUCUGUCGCACAGAGGUUUAAGUGGCUUAACUUAAAAUUAGGCUGCUGUUUUAGUUCUACCUAGGGAGCGUUGGUGACUUCAGGGCCUGGGUUCAUGCGUUUUCUCUCGAGUGACAAAGACAUUUGUGUUGUCUGCUAAAAUUGAAUCGAAAAACGCCGCUACUCGGGUUCUGGAAGCCGUACGCCCCAUUGAAAAGUCCAAAUGCGUUGAUGUUUUGAAGAGAGUAAAGUGUCUUGGGUGCAGCAGCAGAAUGCAGGAGAACAUGGGCUUGUAAUCAUGUCUAGCCUCGUUUUAAAAAAGACAAUUUCUGAAUGGAAAAGAAUGUAAAUUUAGUCUCUAUGCUAUCGAUUGUAAAGAUUAUUAUUAUCUCAGAGAGCGAGACAAAAGUGUGCAAGACAGAGCAAAAGAUGUUUUAGUUCACCCUUCAUCACUGUUAAAGAGAGCUCGGCUAGGCUGACCUCUUUGUAAGAAGACUUACGGACCUUUUCCUUUUAAUUUAUUUCUUUUUUUGUCCGUUUUGGUUUAUAGUUGAGAGUUUUCAGGGCUCCUCAGUUCUGGCUUUUUGUUUUACGUAUUUUAAUAAUACUUAAGUUAAAAGCGAUUUAAUAUUUUAAGCUCUGCAAAUUAUAACCUAAUAAAAUAUUUAAAAGUCACAAAAA